UCUCCCUCCCUCUCUCUCUCAAGUCUAAUCAACAAAGCAGCUAAAAUAGUACUAGCAGACGCGUCUCUGUCAAAAUUAGCGGAAAGAAUUUUCUCUCUCUCUCUCUCUCUCUCUCUCUCGUGGAUUCCCAAUCUGAAUCCAAAUCCAGGAAUUCCUCUUUCUCCGGUGGAUUUUCCCACCCACACAUACAGGUACCCAUUUGUACAGAAAAGUGGAAUCUCUCUCUCUCUCUCCAACCGCUAGCCUCAGGUCAACUGAACGACGACGACGACCAAGACGACGACGCUUCAGUCUCCCCGGAAAUGGCGAUACGCGGAUAUAAACUGCAGGAGUUUGUGGCCCAUUCGGGGAGUGUGAACUGUCUUAGUAUUGGGAAGAAGACUUGUCGACUUUUCGCCACCGGUGGGGAUGAUCAGAAGGUGAAUCUUUGGUCGAUUGGCAAGUCGACUUCUUUAAUGGGCCUAUCUGGUCAUGCGAGUCCAGUAGAAUCUGUAACAUUUAAUUCUGCAGAGGUUUUAGUUCUUGCUGGAGCUUCUGCUGGUGUAGUCAAGUUGUGGGAUCUAGAAGAAACAAAGAUGGUUCGCACUCUUACUGGACACAGAUCCAAUUGCACUGCUGUUGAAUUCCAUCCAUUUGGUGAAUUUUUUGCCUCUGGUGCCAUGGAUACUAAUCUAAAGGUCUGGGAUACCAGAAAGAAAGGAUGCAUUCACACAUACAAGGGUCAUACUCAAGGAAUUAGUGCAGUUAAAUUCACUCCUGAUGGUCGUUGGGUAGUAUCUGGUGGACUUGAUAAUGUUGUAAAGGUAUGGGACCUAACUGCUGGAAAGCUCUUGCAUGAUUUUAAGUUCCAUGAAGGACAUAUUCGAUCCCUAGAUUUCCAUCCCCUUGAGUUCCUUUUGGCAACAGGUUCAGCAGACAGAACAGUGAAAUUUUGGGAUUUGGAGACCUUUGAACCGAUUGGAUCUGUCAGACCUGAGGCAACAGGAGUGCGAUCAAUUACCUUUCACCCAGAUGGUAGAACCCUGUUUUGUGGAUUGGAUGAUAGUUUAAAGGUUUAUUCAUGGGAGCCUAUAGUUUGUCAUGAUGCUGUGGAUAUGGGAUGGUCAGCGCUGGGUGACCUCUGUAUCCAUGAUGGUAACCUCAUGGGUUGCUCAUAUUAUCGGAACUCUGUUGCAGUUUGGGCAGCAGAUAUUUCGCUUAUCAAGCCCUAUGGGGUUGUUCUUUUACCUGAGCAAGAUAGCCAAUUUGAGCAGAAACAUGAUCUCCAGGAAAGCCCUUUGCGGAAAGUAGGGAUUCAUAGAAGGACUGCUUCAAGUUUGCGCUGCUCGUCCCCAGAGUAUGAGACUAAAGAAAUAAAAACGAUAUAUGUGGACACUGCAGGAGCAAAUCCAGUUGCUUCAAAGAGAGCUGGGUCCUAUACCUCUCCUAAGGUUGUACCACCAUCUGAUUCCAAGGAAAUGAAUAGCCUCCCAAACCAGAAGCAGAGUCCUGCAGUUGGCGUGCAUGCAAAAUCAGUCGGGCAAACAAAUGCUAAAUCCUUCAUAGUACCUAGUGUUGUACCUCGGGAUUGUCCCGAUGGAAAAGACUCGACCAAUGCCCGAAGAGAAUCGAAUACCUCUGCUAGGGCUGGCAUUGGUAUGCCCCUCAGGCCACCUCAUGUACGGAGGCCACCAGCAACCAAAUUUGAUGCAGAUAUGCUUUCAGUGCCUUCUGAAUCUGAACCUUAUAGGAAAACAAGCGGUGAUACUGCAGUGGAUCCAACCUUCCAUGACAGGCUUGUAGCAGAUGAUAAUGCUAAGGAUAUGUCUGCGGAAAAGCAUUUGGAUAUCAAGAGUGUUGCCCAGAAGUUUGACAAAGUUUUAUCACCAAAGACACCCUCUAGUAAAAAAAACUGUCCUGAGUCCCUCAAUGGCACUGAAGGGACAAAAGCAGUUAAAUAUGUGAAUGGAGUAGCAGUUGUACGAGGAAGAACACGCUCUUUGGUUGAGAGGUUUGAAAUGAAAGAGAGAUCCAGUAUCGAUGAAUUUCAGGCACCUGAUACAAGCCCUGAGAGUUUAUCUGAGGUGGCUAAAACAUCCCCCAUGCUGAAUGGACAUCCACCAAUAACUGGACGGGAGUUGCCUUCUUUUAAUGCUGGUAAUCUUACUGUUGAUGUGAUAGGAAUUGGGAUUCGUUCUGGAGCUAAUAAUAGUCAUCCUCAAAUAACUGGACAGAAGGUGCCAUCUGCUAAUGAUGUUAAUCAUACUGAGGAUCUUAUGCAGAAUCAUGAUGUAUUGUUAAGCACCCUUCGGUCCCGCUUGACAAAGUUGCAGGUGGUGCGGCAUUUUUGGGAACGGAAUGAUAUUAAGGGUGCUAUAGACGCUGUGAAGAAGUUUCCUGAUCAUUCUGUACAAGCAGACCUGAUCAGCAUUCUCAUGGAGAAAAUGGAGAUUCUCAGCUUAGAUUUGUUCUCAUGCUUGCUCCCUGUGCUUUUGUGUUUACUGGAUAGCAAGAUAGAAAGGCAUGCCAAUAUUUCCCUGGAGAUGCUAUUGAAGCUCGUAGCAGUCUUUGGGCCAGUAGUCCGUUCAACCAUUUCAGCACCUCCAGCCGUUGGCGUUGAUCUUCAUGCAGAACAAAGACUCAAAUGCUGCAAUCAAUGCUCUAUCCAGCUCCAAAAGAUCCAGAAUAUUCUUCCCGCGCUUGUAAGCUGCUUUUAUCUCUCGAAUCAAUGGUGCCACUGUUUGAAGGAGGGGAGGUUUGCUGGCAAAAUGUGCUCAAGAACUAAAUCUCGUUCUGCAAGCCUCAUAACCUACCUUGCCAUCCACGCCCAUUGGCAUGGAAGGGUCAAUAGCAGCUGGAUUCUUCAACGAAAUUCAUUUGAUUACCUAACAGAAUUUAUAUGAGAGAACCAUGUCCAUAUCCAAUUUUGUCUUUCUGGUUUCUACUCUUUGCUGCCAUCUUCACCACUUCUGCAUCUCUAAGCAUUAUAGUUUGAGAGUUCUGAAAAGGCUGCUGCUGGCACUUGGUCGUCAAUACUUGAAUUUUGCUGCUCUCGCUAUUUGUCAACGAAGCAACGGAUCUCUCUGCACAUGGGUUAGUUGGCGGUGCAUUUUUCUAAUCGUGACUAAUUAUUUCGAGAGGGAUACUGUUAUCUACCAUCAUGGUACAUUUUGUAUGAAAUUUGCGUCAAUCACAUGUACAUUGCACUUGCAAUAGUCAGUUCAAUACGUGUAUACAAUUGUGCUCCUUUAAUUCAAUUGAAAAUUAAGUUCCAUCC